GGUACCCCCCCCCUCCCCAGCCACUCUUGUGUGUUAAAUACCAAAUAUAGCCUCUCGCGGGGGGAGGGGAUGGAAAUCUCCUAGAAGAAUUGGAAAUCUUGCUGGGAUUCGGGAGUGCUGGUGCUGGAGAAGGGCGGCGAAGGCUGGGGGGAUGCACUGCUCUCGCUGCCUGCCCAAGGACUAGAGAUUUGCCACUUCCCGGGGAGCCCGAAGGUUUGUUUGUCCCCAGACUGUUGUUUCCCCCCUUCCCCUCUCCUGGGCUACGCUGAACCCCUCAGCAUUUAUUAAAGAAAACCCACGUGUAGCUGGUGGCUGGUUUUUUAAAGGUAGUUUUUUCAUCGACAAACUGACAAAAAAAAAAAAAAAUAAAACUUCCUCUCUUCGCCUCGAGGUUUGGAACUGGAAUGGAGCUGCUCUUCUCCCAAACACUACACGGGGUGUGAAGGGGGGAGGCAGGACGAAAACAUCGCCUCGGACUGAUCCCGAUCCGACCCCCGACACUCGCACCCACCAGGGAUGAUCCUUCACUGCGCCUGAUGUGGAAAACACUUGGAGACUCAGAGACUUCGUCGUGCUCAGCAGCUUGAUCGUUGACUUAUUUUGUUUUGGUUUUUAAUUUUUUUUUUUUUUAAAGUGGAUUCGUAGCAUUACUUUUAUGAGUUGAAUUUUGCCACCGUUUGUACAGAAGCCAAAUGACACGUGUGUUUUGAAACACGGUUCCAAAUAUAUUUAUCCCUCCCUCAACUCGGAUUCUCUCUAGAAAGAGCCGCGGGGAGGUCGUCAGUGUCUAAACAAACCUGAUUUUUAGUGUUUUAUGAACACUACCUGCUGCAGAAAUGUUGCUAUAAAUCGCUUUAUAACGGUUCAGCAAGAAGGGAGAUUUUUCCAGCUUGCAGGACCCAGAAAACUGGAUACUUAAAGUCACUUAAAUGUUUUAACAGCAUUGGAAAAUGGGAGCUGCUACUAAGUUGGCGUUCGCUGUUUUUCUUAUCUCUUGCUCGUCAGGUGCCAUCCUGGGCAGGUCAGAAACACAGGAGUGCAUCUACUACAAUGCAAACUGGGAGAAGGACAAGACCAACCGCAGCGGGAUCGAGCCCUGCUAUGGUGACAAAGAUAAAAGGAGACACUGCUUUGCCACAUGGAAAAAUAUUUCUGGAUCAAUUGAAAUCGUGAAGCAAGGCUGCUGGCUGGAUGACAUCAAUUGUUAUGACAGGAAUGACUGCAUAGAGAAGAAGGACAGCCCUGAGGUGUUUUUCUGUUGCUGUGAGGGCAACAUGUGCAACGAGCGCUUCUUCUACUUCCCGGAGAUGGAGGUCACACAGCCAACUUCCAAUCCUGUCACACCGAAGCCACCUCUGUUCAACACCUUGCUCUACUCCUUGGUGCCUAUCAUGGGGAUUGCAGUGAUCGUGCUCUUCUCCUUCUGGAUGUACAGACACCACAAGCUGGCCUAUCCUCCCGUGCUUGUUCCCACCCAGCACGCCUUUCAUAUAAUGAUUGAGGAUCCUGGGCCUCCUCCACCAUCGCCCCUGAUGGGUCUGAAGCCGCUGCAGCUCCUGGAGAUCAAGGCCAGGGGCAGGUUUGGGUGUGUGUGGAAGGCUCAGCUGCUCAAUGAAUACGUUGCAGUCAAAAUAUUCCCCAUCCAGGGCUCCCUGACCGAUUUCCUGAAGGCCAACGUGGUGUCGUGGAACGAGCUGUGCCACAUUGCCCAGACCAUGGCGCGGGGCCUGGCCUACCUGCACGAGGACAUCCCGGGGCUCAAGGACGGCCACAAGCCAGCCAUCUCCCACAGGGACAUCAAAAGCAAGAACGUGCUGCUGAAAAACAACCUCACGGCUUGUAUUGCUGAUUUCGGUCUAGCUUUAAAGUUUGAGGCUGGAAAGUCUGCAGGAGACACCCAUGGACAGGCCCCGUGGAUGAGUACAUGCUGCCUUUCGAGGAGGAGAUUGGCCAGCACCCCUCCCUGGAGGACAUGCAGGAGGUUGUGGUGCACAAAAAGAAGAGGCCUGUCCUGAGGGAGUGUUGGCAGAAACAUUCUGGAAUGGCGAUGCUGUGCGAGACCAUCGAGGAGUGCUGGGAUCACGACGCCGAGGCGCGGCUGUCGGCGGGCUGCGUGGAGGAGAGGAUCAUCCAGAUGCAAAAACUCACUAACAUUAUAACAACAGAGGACAUCGUGACUGUGGUCACAAUGGUGACAAACGUUGACUUUCCUCCCAAAGAAUCCAGUCUAUGAUAGUUGCACUGGUCAUGGAAGUGACCACAGGACUCUUCACUGGAGCUGCUACAGCGCACGGACUGCUGGCGUCACUGCUGUUCCGGGUGGCAGGAACGGAUGGUAAGUCUCUCUGGAGCGUCACCAAGAGGUGUUUAUCCUUUGUUUUCCCUCUCCUCCUCCUCCUCCCCACCGUGGAUCCAUGAGACUUUCUGCAUUCCCUGCUUACACCUGAAGGACGUGACCGAGAACCCCUCACGUGCAGAAUAGGAACUUGCGAUGAAGAAUCCGGACCUGAACGGGCUAAUGAGCAUUUUAAACACUGACAUCCGAUUUCUUAAUCCCUGUCAGAAGAGACUAAUUCCUUUAAAUGAACUACUGUUAUUUUUUUUAAAUCAAAAACAUUUCAUUUCAGAUUUAAAAACAACAAAAAAAAAAAGGGUAACUUGUUUUUAUUGCAUUCGUUGUUGUUUAUAAAAUGACUAUUGUAAUGCGACUACGACACAGCUUGUGAAUGUUCCGUGUGCUGCUGUUCCGUGUACAGAAACAAGAGUAAUCAAUGGGAUAGAGCAAAGAGGCUUCCAAGUAUUACUUAACCUCCCUCAACCAGGUAUACCUCAGUUCCACCUCGCUAAAUUAUGAUUGACAACACUAAUUGGAAUAAUAAACCGCUCCGUGUUUUGUAAAUGAUGUAUUCCCAAUUCCCUGUGUUAUUUAAGAAGGGGAAAGCUUCAUGCCCCCAGGAAGUGGCCAUUCCUAGAGCCGUGUUUUUAGCCUUUUCUUGUACUCGCUUGUUGUGUAUAAAAAAGAAAAAGUGCUGUUUAUUGAAAGAAAAUUUUCCCUCCUCUUUUAGUUGAAAGCUUUUCCCUCCAUUGCCCAGAGUAUCUCAUCCAUUUAUUUAACUGAAUACUAUUUAGGUUUGCUGUGUCUGAGGAAUAUUUGAAACCUUAAGCAUGACUUUCUUUUUUUUUUUUUUAAUUUUCUCUGAGCUGUGACACUGGAAAGCUCUGAAUUCUUGUUUUUUUUUUUGAAAAAGAGUCUUUUUCCUAUUUAUGUUUGUGCCGAGGUCGCGGCGCGUGCCUGGCCCGCAGGCAGCGGGGGCUGUGCCGCUGUUUCAGGAUCACCUCAGGAAGCUCCGUUCCCCCUUCCCCUCCCUCUGCCUGGAGCUUUGCAGCUUCCCUGCACUCAGAGCUCCACGGGAGGGGAGUGCAGCUCCCACAGCUUGAGCCUGGAGUCACUCACAAAGUUCCAGCCACAGAUUGCAGAUCCUAAACAUUGCAAAUUUCAGGGAUAACCUAGUUCUGCUCACAAUAUGCAAUGACCAUUCCGAGGUAACGAAAGGAAUUUCGAUGGCCAGAGCGCAGACUCACAGAAAAUGAGGAAAACCGAGGAAAUUCACAGCUCCAGCACUGCAGUUCAGGAUGUCAGCCUUGUGCUGGGAUUACAGUGACUGGUGGCUGGGUGCCAAAGUGCUUCUCCCAAAUGCUGUCCCACUGCAUUGAUUGGAUCCUUCCCACCAGAUUCCGAGGCCAAGGGAGCAGAGGUGGCAGCGGCCGGCGUGUGCUGUGUGUCCUUGUGUCCGUGUGUCCCCCAGCGUCUCUGGAAAGCAGAGGUGGCAGCUCCUGGAGCUGGGACCUGCAGCCCUGGGAGCAGUGGGGGUGAUGGUGAAGCAGAGGCAGCUCUGGGCAGGCAGGGAGAAGGAAGGGCUGAUGUUGCAGCUGUGGCACUGCUGCUCACCGCUGUGCCCGAGGAUCCUGCUCCAAGGGCCCGUGGGAAAGGGAAGGAAAUCCAGUUUGUGGGCUCCUCUGGGCUGGACACUUCCCUUUGGCUUCCAUUUCUGCUCCACUUUUAGUUAAACUUCACACAGGACUGGAGUUCUGAACAAAUCCCAACCAUGGACUCUUUGGGGCUUUUGCCACGGGCUGGUUUCAUUCUGGUCUCCUGGAGGAACUGAAGCUGAGUCCAGGUCCCUCCCUGUGUGUGACGCUCCCAGGGAGCUGCUGGCUCUGGGAGAUCCCUGCUCUGUUCCAGUCCCAGCCUCCUGGCAUUGCCAGCACCCUGUGGCUCCCUGAGGAAAGGCUGCUCCUCCCCACAGCUUCCAUGGCUCUCAGUGACCUCCCCGAGCUGCCCAGGGCUGGGCAAUGAAUUCCUGUUUGAGGGCAUUCAGUGAGAGCUGGGAGCAGCAGGGCAGGGCUCUGGCAUUGUCUGGGCAGUGCCCUUGGGCCCUUCCUGCCUGGCCUGCCCAGCUGGGACUGCUGAGGGUGACACCUUCCUGUCCCCUGUCCCAGAGCUGCCCGUCCUGGGGCAUUCCCAAACUCCUCCAUGGGCAUGGAAUGACCCAGGAGCUGCAGCAGUGCAGCUCUCAAACCUCACCGGUACCCAGUGCUGAGACUUGUCCUGCUCCAUCAGCAUCCACAAUCAUCACCCCUCUCCUCUUUUCCAGCUUUUGUAACCUUUUAAAGACAUUUCUGUUGAUCAGGAACACUCGGUACAAAACACAGGAAGCUGCAAUACACAUCCCUGGGCAAAAGGACUCCAGUAGCAUCCUUGAUGGAACAUCUGUUACCUCAGAUACUCAACCAGCAGGACUGCUUUGCUUUCUCCCUCCAGUUUGUUUUUUUCAGUCCAUCUCCUCUUCGUUACCUCUCGAGUUUGGUGAGCGAUUACUUUAACUUUCCUCUUUGUAUUUGUCAGUGUUUUGGGCACAGGUUGUUGUACUACUGUUAAAAGGCACUUGCUGCUUUUCUGCGAGUGCCACAAAACCAACCAACCCCCCCUCGCCCUCAAUAAAGUGAUUGUUAAAUAUUGUACAAAUACAAAUGUAUACUCUGCCCUCUUCCCCAGUGGGAAAAUAAAAAAUGUGACUACUCUGA